AUGCCUCACGACAUAAACAAGCGUCUACCUAUCAACGAUACGAAUAUUUUGGGCAUGUGGGAAAUCUUGCACGUGACUUUCCCCAUAUUUUGGUGGUUUAUUGGUGCACGAGGUUUUCAUUUCAACAACCCGAUGGCCCAUUCCCCAAAUCCGAAUUUGCCCGUGAGAGCCGCUGAGUCUCGUGUUGGCAGAGAAAACCAACGCUACAAUCCAGAAAAUGGCGCUCGAAUGGUAGCAGGAUGCAUUUGUCUCGAACAAUCGAAACAAAAAGUAAUCAUGAUUCUGUCUUCAGCACACAAGGGCCAGUGGGUUUUUCCUAAAGGUGGAAUUGAGCUCGACGAAGGCGACGAUUUUGUAUUGAGCGCCGUUCGUGAGACUUGGGAGGAGGCCGGUUGUGAAGGAAGAAUUGUCAAAAAGUUGCCCGUGGUGUAUGAUAUCAGAGGGUCCAAAGCACCGGUGUUGAAACCUGGCGAGGACUUCGAUCCACACAAGGUGAUUCCCAAGCUGGAGUUUCAUUUUUACGAAAUGCUGGUGGAACUGCUCAGUAAAGAGUGGCCGGAGGCUCAUAAGAGAGAACGAAGAUGGUGCACGUACAGUGAGGCCAAGCACGAGCUUUUGAAAGGGAAAAGAGCCGAGUUGGUGAGUGCCCUAGACGCUUCGAGCAUAAUCAAAGACAGCGCCGAGUUUUAA